AUGUUAAUAAAAUUAUGGAGUAUAUUAAUAUGUUUUCAUUUUUAUGUGUAUUGUAGUGAAGAAAAUGAAACAAUUAUUAAUAUUGAUGAGACAAUUCAACGUGUUAAAAGUCAAUAUAGAUAUAAAAAUUCACUUUUAUUACAUUCAAAAUAUGUUAUACCAAUUAUAAGAAAACGUAAUUAUGAUGAAAAGGUACAACCACUUUUUUAUGCUAACAAAACAUUAGAAGUUAAAAUGGGUGUACAAAUAAUGAGUCUUUCUAAUUUUCAAUUAGAUUCUAUGGAUUUUAAUAUGGAUGUCUGGUUUCGAUUAGCAUGGUAUGACCCACGACUUACUCAUGAUUAUGAACUUCCAAUAUUAAUUAAUGAUUAUCAUGUUUUAAAACAAAUUUGGAAACCAGAUCCAUUUAUAUUAAAUGUUAGAGAUGCUAAAUUUCAUCUUAUAUCAUAUCAACAUUCUUAUGCAAUUCUUUUCCAAGAUGGUGUUGUAUUUUAUGAAGUACAUAUUAAAGCAACACCUUCAUGUCAAUUAGUUUUAUGUAAAUAUCCACAUGAUAGUCAACAAUGUAGUUUAAAAAUAUCAUCUAUUGGUUAUAAUAAUGAUUCAUUACAUUUAACAUGGUUUAGUAAAGCAUCAGAAGCUGUUAAGGUUGAUGAAAAUGUACAAUUACCUGAUUUUUAUUUAAAAUCUCAUAUAUUUAGUAAAUGUGAUGGUUCAAGAAAAACUGGGAAUUAUUCAUGUAUUGAGGUUAAAUUUAAUUUAAAGAGAAAUUUAGGAUAUCAUAUAGCUCAAACAUAUAUACCAGUAGCAAUGUGUGUUAUAUUUUCAUGGAUAUCUGUUUGGUUACCGGAAGAGUUUAUUGAAGCUGAAAGUACAAGUGCUAAAGAAAUACUACCAAGAGUUGGAUAUAUUAAAGCUAUUGAUAUAUGGUUUGGAAUACUUUGCACAUUUGUAUUUAUGACAGUCAUCCAAGCUAUUAUUGUAAUUUCACUUGAAUUUAGUUCUAGAUCAUUGAGAGAUAAAUUAUUAUCUGAACAUACUUAUCAUGAUAACCAACAUCGUUACAAAAUAGCAAGAAAAUGUGUUUGUUAUCAUAGGAUGGCACUUAAAUUGGAUAUAAUAUGUAGAAUAGCUUAUCCAGUUAUUUUUUUAAUAUUCUUAUUUAUAUAUUUUUUUAUAGUUAUUGAAGGAAAAGAUAACAAAUGUCUUAUAUAA